AUGCCUGGCUGGACGAAUCAGCCUGAUCCAAGGCGUCAACAACCUUCCUCACAGCAGCAUGUUCCUACAGGUCAAGAUGGCAAUGCCUAUUGGUAUCCUCCAGGUCAUGCAGGUCCCUUGACCAACACUGACUGGGAGGGCCAAACGCCUCCCAAUUUUGAUGAGGAAUCGGGCACCGCUUCACAGGAGGGAAGCGGAAUGGCAGUUGACCAGGAUAUGGUUCAUAGGCCUUCCUCUUUGCAGCGAAAUCGACAGGGCAUCUCUCGUCCGGAGAAAGUAAAGACAUCUACAACAACUGCCAGUCCGACGACCAUCAUGACCACAACUACGACGACCACUCCUAUGACUACGACGGCCACUCCUACGACUACGACCACUACUUCCACGACUACGACCACUACUCCCAUGACUACGACCACUCCCGUGACUACUACAACUACGACUAAGCCGACUACAACUUCUCCCACUACAACGACUAUGAUGACCACUACAACUACCUUACCUCCCAUGACAACAAUGACCACGACUGUUGCCACAACCACUGUACCUACCACGACAACGACGACUACCACUAACACUCCGAUAGCUACAACAACUACCUCUAUCAGUACCACUACCGAACCUAAGACUCAUUUCACCUCUCCAAGACCGUUUUCGACCACUGCUGACACACCAGUCCCUGUCACACCAGUAUAUCGUGGAAGAAUUAAUGCUACUCGGUCACAGGCUGCAUCGAAGCAAUAUCCUUCACAGCCCUCAGUUGUUAUUCCUCCCCAAAAACGCCCUUUAACCACAUACCAGCAUCAAAAGGUUUCUCCACCGACAACCACGCCUCCUUUGAAAUCCACUACAACUCCACAUACCUAUGGUACGUAUUGGAAUUAUCACACAUCAAUAAAAAAAUCUUCAGCAACAAAAUCGCCAUAG